AUGUCAAAGGCCAUUGACACCGUGUGGCCAGGGCCACUAGGGCCAUUAAGGCCAUCGUCUCGGACCAACGAGCACGCACAGAGGUUCGCUGUCUUCAGGAACGUCUUCAUUGAUACGACGGAGGGGAAGAGGCGACAUAAAUUAAUGCGGACCGUAGCCAGAGGUGAGCACACGUGGUACAAGCGCCUCAACGUCACCACCGGUCUAGAAAAAAUGAGACUCGAUCUGUGGGAGUCUGGAUUUUGGGACCCCCCAGGAAGCGGUAGACUGAGCGAAAAGCAUCGCAGGGGAAAAACGAUGAACAGGAUACAAAUUGCGACAGAAGCAUACCUAAAUGUGGAUGCGAUCGGACCGAUCUCACCAAGAGAGAUGUUGAAGCAGACUGCAGAGAAGCUGGUUCUGUUACGGAGGGCUCGGGGGUUUGAGAUUAUAACGGAAGGUGGAGAGAAACGUGAGCGGUGGGAGACAUACAUGGGUAAGCAUCUUGCUGACGAACGAGACUUCUUCCAGGAAUAUUUGGUGCAGUGGGAUUAUGCAAUGCUGGGUCGGAAAGGGCUGAAUAACUGA